AUGGCGACACACAUCGCCGAUGGCCAGCUUGCCGUGAGCGAGAAACUGGAGGAACUUUCAAUCUCCGAACACGAAGUGUUGCCCAGUCCUGCCAGCAGCAGCUCUUCCGAGAGUGAUUCGGCCUCGCAGCACGCCGCCACAACACCAGACACGGACAGCCCAACGGCGCCGGCCUCCCCCAAAACGACAGGCGCAUUCGAACGGGUGCCAAGCUACCCAAAAUCCCGCAUCUCGCUAGUCGACAGGUUCAUCGACCAGCCGCGAGCGCUGCGCGUAGCCGUCAUCGGCGGCGGGCUGUCGGGCAUCUUGGCCGGCAUCCUCCUCCCUGAAAAGGUGCCCAACAUCCAGCUCACCAUCUUCGAGAAGAACCGCGACUUUGGCGGCACGUGGCUGGAGAACGUCUACCCGGGCGUGCGCUGCGACAUUCCCUCGCACGUCUACCAGGCCACGUUCGAGAGCAAGCUGGACUGGUCCGACCAGUUCGCGCCGGGCGCCGAGAUCCGCGACUACUGGCAGGGCGUGGCCAAGAAGUACGACGUGUACAGGUACGCGCGCUUCCAGCACCGCGUCGACGGGCUGGCCUGGGACGCCGCCGCGGCUGUGUGGCGUGUGACCGUGGCCAACCUCGCGACGGGCGAGACGACGACCGAAGAGUCGGACGUCGUGCUGACCGCCAUCGGCCGCUUCAACGCGUGGAAGCUGCCCGAGUACCCCGGCAUCGCCUCGUACCAGGGCGUGCUGCGGCACGCGUCCGACUGGGACCCGGCCGUCGACGUGGCCGGCAAGCGCGUGGCCGUCAUCGGCAACGGCGCGUCGGGCAUCCAGCUCGUGGCCAACGUGCAAAAACUCGUCGGCGAAAGCGGACAGCUCGACCACUACGCACGCAACAGAACAUGGAUCGCCGCCAGCUGGGCGGGCGACGAGCGCACGCUGGAGCCGCAGCCCAUCCCGGACGCGCAGAAGCAUCUGUUCGCGCGCGACCCGGCCGCGUACCUGGCGUUCCGCAAGGACCUCGAGGACAAGUACUGGCGGCGGUUCUCGUCCUUCUUCCGCGGGUCGGCCGAGAACGUCGAGCUGCGCGCCAAGUUCACGGCCAUCAUGCGCGAGCGGCUCGCGCGCAAGCCCGAGCUGCUCGAGCACAUGGUGCCCGACUUCUCGCCCAACUGCCGCCGCCUGACGCCCGGGCCUGGCUACCUCGAGGCCAUCAGCGCGCCCAACGUCGCGUACAUCCGCACGCCCAUCGCGCGGUUCACGGCCGCGGGCAUCGUGACGGCCGACGGCGUCGAGCGGCCCGUCGACGCCGUCUUCUGCGCCACCGGCGCCAACACCAACAUGGUCACGCCGUUCCCCGUCGUCGGCGCCGAAGGCCACGACCUGCGCGACGUGUGGGCGCCAGAGUCCGAGAAGCGUGCGCCGGGCGGCCGCGGGUUCCCUUACACGUACUUGGGCCUGGCGACGCCGGGGUUCCCGAACCUGUUCUUCAUCCACGGGCCGCACAGUACGGGCCCGUCGGGCACCGUGCCGCACAGCGUCGAGAGUCAGCUGACGCUGUUCGGGAAGGUGCUGCGCAAGAUGGCGCGCGAGGGGAUCCGCACCAUGAGCGCGUCGGCGCGCGCGGCCGACGACUUUGUCGAGUACUCGGACGCCUUCUUCGCGUCGACGGUGCUGUCGGACGCGUGCUCCUCGUGGUAUAACGGCGGGAUUCCCGGCGGCAGGAUCCACGGCGUCUGGCCCGGCAGCGCCGGCCACAUCACCGCCGUCCGCCGCGAGCCCCGCUGGGAGGACUGGGAGUACACGUAUCUGAGUGAUAGCGGGAACAGGUUUGCUUGGUACUUUGGUAGUGGCUGGACUAGUAAAGAGGCGGACCCGGAAUCGGACAUGACGAGCUACCUGCGCGUGCCGGGCGAGGUGCCGCUGCGCGACUUGCACGAGAGCUGGUGGGAUCUGCCAUGA